AUGGUCGAUUAUAGGUACCCACGAGUGCCUCCACUUAUAAUUAGUCGCGGUGACAACUAUUCAAUGCCUUAUGCGAUGCCUCGAACCAGUCUUUCGGUAGCCCAAUCAACAAACUCUUUCGGUGACGCUACAAGAUAUCACCAGUAUCCUGCCCGCUCUAAUGAUAUGCCGAUGAACGAUUCACCGCCAUGGCUUGAUACAGAAAUAUACUACACUGUUGUGGCCAAUGGCCAGGUUGUGAAGCCGGAGAUCCAGGCCAGAAUUCACAAAGGAUUUUUUGUUGCCGGAGGGUACUGGACGUGUUAUCGCAGAAAUUACUUUUCCGUGUCGCUAUCAUUUGCCCUGCGGCCUUGGUCACGUCCUGGACGCGCACCGGAAAAGAUACAAUCUUUCGCUAUGAAAAUAUCUGCAUUUGUGAAUGGACAAGAAAAGGAAACCCGCGAACUUAUCCAACACACCCCAAAACGUGAUAAGCAAUCCGAAAGCAAACCCAGACGAGCAAUUCUUCAGCCGCAACCGCCGCCGUCGCUCCUCCUUAACCAUGCAGCGAAUAAUAACCACCUAAAUUUCGGCCUCCCCCCAGCUCAAACCACUAGCAUGCAAAUGGACUAUAGUUCAUCUUAUGGAAGCGCACAGCAAUCCCCUCAAAUACCAACGUCCCACACUUGGGAGCGAAUCCAAUUCCAAAAAGCCACGGCGAACAACGGGAAACGACGUGCACAACAACAGUUUUAUAACCUCGUCGCAGAACUCUGGGCUGAGGUAUCUGAUCCUCUUGGGAAUGGCAACGAGUGGGUGAUGCUUUCCAGGAAGCUUUCUAACCCUGUGGUUGUACGUGGAAGGUCCCCCGGGCAUUACAAAGAUGCUAGACGUGACAGCAACGGCCGUAUGACAACCUGCGAGGCAGACAGUGGAAAUUCAACAAUGGGGCACUUGGGAAUGCAUGCUGGCUUAAACCCUCCUCCACCACCACAAUCCCGCUCACAUCCUUCCUCACUUACUUAUGACACGACCCCCCGUAACGGAUCACAUUAUGAUUAUCGUCGCAUGCCUUCUACAGAUCAGUCUCCUUUGACCGCAAGCUCCCUCGUUUCUUCUUCCUCCUCAUCCCCAGGCUACGACUAUGCUUUGUUGAACGAUCCGCUUAAUUCAAUGCAGCCCAUGACAACCGCUACGUCGAUUGAUGGCUACGGGCAACCUUCAUUUGCAUCUGCACCCGGAGCAUCACGAAGAGUUGAGCAGAUGAAUGUCCGCUGCGCUUUACCGUCAUUCGAAGAUAACACGAACAAGUCUCAAGAACAAAAUGAUGUCUCCCUCGGCGAAGCAUUUGACCCUAUGAUCCCAAUGUUGAAUAAUGACCACGGCGGAACGAACCAGUACAUUAGAGGGCAGGCUUCUGGCAAUUACCCGAACCACGAAGUCAGCCGUCCUUCAUCUGGCGGAAGACUCAACUCCUACUCUACUCGCGCAGAGGAUCAUUCUUAUGGUCGAUAUGAUGCCAUACAUAAUUCUCACGCUAUGUGA